UUGCUACACUCAAUAUCGCAGUUCACCAUUGCCAAAGUGCAGCUCACAAUCCAAAACUCGUAUUAACUCUAAACAUGAAAUUCUUUGUGUUCGCGGCUAUUGCCUGCCUUUUGGCCACAUCCGUCGCCGCCGCCGAUAAGGAAGAGAAGAUGGUGGGCUCCGUGUAUGGUGGCGGCUAUGGCCAGCCAGCUGCUCCACCCGCUCCCCAGGCAUAUGCCGGACCAGCUGCUCCGGCUGCACCAGCCUAUGCUGCACCCGCUGCUCCAGCCUACUCGGCGCCCGUCUCCAUUCCCGCACCGCCGUGCCCCAAGAACUAUCUGUUCAGCUGCCAGCCCAACUUGGCCCCAGUACCAUGCAGUGCUCCCGCUAAUAGCUAUGGAUCAGCUGGUGCUUACUCCCAAUACGCACCUAUCUACGCUCCACGCCCUCUACGUUGGUAAUGCAAUAAAGCCCUAGACAAUACGUCUGUUUCACCAAUUACGAAAGCAAAACAAUAAAUCACGAUUCCAUAACUGAAAA